GUUAACUAAAACUCCCAACUUGGACCUCCAAUUGUUCGAGAAAAUGGCACUCCUUCGAAUAGCACCAUUCCGACAUCUACUCUCUCAUCUGCGCUUUCUGAUGACCAUACGCUCUCAGGAAGGUAUCUAUCGUGGAUUAAUACUAUUUCGCCUAUCUCCAUCCGUCACGGCGAUUAAGAACGAAAGGUUUACAGAAAGGGAAAACCUAAAAGCCGUGUACAGGCAGAUAUAUGUCAUGGAAUCGACGUGUCCUCAUCUCGGUGCCGACAUGUCCCACGCUGAUAUAGAGGAAUAUGAUUCGGGAGCUGUGGCAGUAUCAAAAAUCCUUCGUAGGUAUGAUUUCGAUCUUAGAACCGGAAAAAGUGAAACAGGACUCCAUACUUGUACAUAUCACGUCGAAGUAAACGCCGAUCCCCUCGACAACCUUGACACGGUAUAUGUCGAGACCCCGAAGGUUGGAACAAACUGGCGGUUGGUCGAGCUAAGACCUUGUUUCUGCUCACUACCAUUAUCAGAGUUUGCAGAUCCUCCACCUCUGAAAAACACUGCCUCUCUACCAGUCACAUCGUCGAGUAUUGAAUCCAUGGAAGAAGCUGUCGUACCUACGACAGAUGUGCCCACUACACUAAUGCAAUGGGCUGUGCUUAUCCUCAACACACCAAAUCCAAUUUUGAAGGUUCAACGAACUCGCCAUGCAGUGCAGCUUUUUCGGACAGGAAAAUUGGCUUCCAUAGGACAUAAAUCACCUAAUGCCCCUCGUCCUCCUGAUACGCCGUUGCGCGAUGCCCAAUACGAGAGAAAUACCGUAGAUCCUGUGAAAAUGAAGAGCAGGAAAAGCAGAGCAGUCAUGCUGCACGCCCUUGCCAAUAUUGAACAGUGGGCAAUAGAUCUUGCGUGGGAUAUCAUGGCUAGGUUCGGACCAAAGCACCCCGAUCUGCCUCCAGCUUUCUUUUCUGAUUUCACAAAAAUGGCGCUGGACGAAUCCAAGCACUUCACACUACUGACAUCCCGGCUGGCUGCUACCUCUCCGACAACGCCUUACGGUAGCCUGCCUGUCCAUGCAGCUCUGUGGGAGUCCGCCGCCGUCACUGCUAACUCGCUCCGUGCCCGACUUGCUAUCAUUCAUCUCGUGCACGAAGCCAGAGGCCUCGACGUAAAUCCCGGCACAAUUGAACGCUUCAGGAAAGCCGGUGACGAUGAAAGUAUCAAAGCUAUGGAAAUCAUUCACGCCGACGAGGUCACCCAUGUGACGGCGGGACAUAGGUGGUUUACAUGGAUAUGUGAAAACAAUGGUAAUGUCGAUCCCAUAAAGACUUUCAGAGAAGAAGUACGGAAUGGCUGGCGUGGAGACAUCAAAGGUCCAUUUAAUGCAGACGAUAGAGAGAAGGCAGGUUUGAGCAAGGAAUUUUAUGAAAACUUGCGAGGGGAGAUGGAUAAUCAACCCAGUCGCAAACCUAUUGCUUCUGAGAGUAUUGAAGCGCGGUUCAUGUUCAGUACGAUCCCUUGA